CACACCGUGGGAAGCAGCGCAAGGAUUGACGUCCAGAACAUCCUGCCUAUAGGAUCCGAGCCGCCACCCGAGCCCCGCUUUCCCCCCUCGCUUUAAAUCCGGCUGGCGAGGGCAGGCACCGAAAGCGGGAGAGAUUGGCAAUGCAGCGUGGCAGCAACUCCCGAAAGUUCUUGCUUUCUGUAACUCCCUGCUUUCGGACACGGAGCUGCCGGGCAGACCUGAAGCUGGGAGUUUAACGAGCCCCACUUGCGAAAAUGCCUGCCACUUGCUGGUCUUUGAAUUCGAUAAUUGCCCUUCCAGGGCUCAGGAAUACUUAACAGCAAGAGAAGUCAAAGGAGGAAACUGCAAGUUUCACCAUUCAAACGAUGCUAAAACAUGUUCUCCUUUCACCUUAUGGAAACGGGACUGUGGAGACAGCUGCAGGUGCUUUUUGGUUUGGUUAUUGACAAGAUGUGUCACAAAGUAAUAUGACUUUUAAACUUUUCUGACUGUUUGAAGCCGGCAAGGAGCAGCAAAAUUAAAGCAAGAAAUUAAUUUGAGGAAUCUGAGGACUUUCAAAGAAGAAAGCUGUUUUCCGAGAAGAGCGAAGUAGGAUGAUGGCAUCUGGAGAGUGCCUUCUGCUAGACCUAGAAACAGAUAACUUCAUUUUCUAUAACAUCUCUGUCAACCAGAGUGCAAACUUCUCCCUCCCCGGGGAAGACUGGUUUUACCCAGCGUUCCUCUACGCCAUCCCCACGAUCUAUGGGAUCAUCAUUCUGAUAGGCCUUAUCGGCAAUAUCACUUUGAUUAAGAUCUUCUGUACUGUGAAAUCCAUGCGAAAUGUCCCUAAUUUGUUCAUUUCCAGUUUGGCUCUGGGAGACCUGCUGCUUUUAGUGACUUGUGUGCCUGUGGAUGCCAGCAGGUACCUUGCUGACGAGUGGCUAUUUGGGAGGACUGGAUGCAAACUUAUCCCCUUCAUACAGCUCACCUCUGUAGGGGUGUCAGUCUUUACUCUCACUGCUCUCUCAGCUGACAGGUAUAAAGCUAUAGUAAGGCCAAUGGAGAUUCAAGCAUCCCAUGCACUGAUGAAGAUUUGUGUGAGAGCUGCUAUAAUCUGGAUUGUAUCCAUGUUGCUUGCCAUCCCUGAAGCAGUAUUUUCAGAUCUGCACCCUUUUCAUGACAAAGGGACUAAUAAAACCUUUAUCAGCUGUGCUCCUUACCCUCAUUCAGAUGGGCUGCACCCCAAAAUUCACUCAAUGGCAUCAUUUCUCAUAUUUUAUAUUAUUCCCCUAUCUGUCAUUUCAGUGUAUUAUUAUUUUAUUGCUAAGAAUUUGAUCCGGAGUGCUUACAACAUCCCCGUGGAAGGAAAUGUGCAUGUGAGGAAACAGAUUGAGUCCCGUAAGCGCCUGGCCAGGACCGUGCUGGUCUUUGUGUGCCUCUUUGCCUUCUGCUGGCUGCCCACUCACAUCAUCUACUUAUACCGGUCCUACCACUACUCCGAGGUGGACACCUCAGUGCUGCAUUUCAUUGCCAGCAUCUGUGCUCGGAUCCUGGCAUUCACUAACUCUUGUGUCAACCCCUUUGCUCUCUACUUGCUCAGCAAGAGCUUUCGGAAGCAGUUCAACAACCAGCUGCUGUGCUGCAGAGCCCGCCUCCUGAUCCGCUCCCACAGCAUGGCCAGGAGCACCACACGAAUGACCUCCCUCAAGAGCACCAACCACUCCCUGGCCACCUUCAGCCUGAUCAAUGGCAACCACAUCUGCCACGAAGGCUGUGUCUAAAGGGCACAGUCAGGGACGUCGAUAGCUGAGCAUGGCUGCUGGACUGUGCUCCGUGGGGAUGGUGAGCAGCGCACACACGCACGCACACACGCAUGCACAGGUGCAUGCAAGGAGGUGUGGUGGGCUCAGAGAACUCAGAGGAGCUUGAAGCGUCCAACACUUCAUCUUGGGCUGAGGUUGAAUCAUCCAGCAUUUCACCCUGCACUGAGGCAUCGCCAGAGCAUCAGAUCAUUGAGCACCAACACACAGGAUCUCCCUGGGAAGUGCUGCUGUGCUUUCAGUGAGAGCAAAUUGAGCGCCUCAAGAUCAAAUCUUUAUUGGCUCUGCAGAAUCUUCAUCACUUCCUGCUCAAUCCCAAACUUAUGCAGACUUACAGCAGUGAUAAAGACCAUAUCAGGUGCACACAAUUUGUCAGAACAGUUGCAUCCAUCACUUCACGGUGUAAUGUAUUUUGAUAUAGAAAUAAAUCCAUUUAAAUAAGGUAAAUGGUUUUACAAAGGAGUUCAAUGUAGGUCAUUUAUGGACUUUUCAAGUAUUUAUUAAUGUUCUGAGUACAGUAUUAAUUCAUGGUCUAAAAGAUAUCAAGAGUUUACUGGGGCAUGUCUGUGGUCCCAUCUGAAAUGAACAGCAACUUGCACCACAUCAAUGUAAAGGCAGUAACGUGAAUAAAUGUGAGUUGGAAUAUGUUUACA